AUGGAUGGGUCUCGAUGCAGGAACGAAUAUCCGGGCCUCUACACUGAAGGCGAAGACUUCAUGGUCUGGGCAAACAACUACUCUCGAGUCCUACAGACUGCCAAGUUGUUUGUUCGCGGUUUCUUGGGAACCAAUGCCACCUUGCUCGGUGACAUCGUUUCAGUGACAUCUCGAGGCUUUACCGCUGGCAUUGGCGACUCAUUGGCGCCGUCUGAUAUGUGCCCAGCUUUCAAGGAUACGGAGGGAGGUGACUACGUGGCUGCGUGGAACAACGUCUACAUUCCUCCAAUUCUAACCCGCCUGCAAGCACUCGUCGAUGGAAACCUCACACUUACGCAAAGCGAUGUGUCGCAAAUACCCUAUCUUUGUGGUUUCGAAAGUCAGAUCACCGGCCGCCUCUCACCUUGGUGUGAUAUCUUUUCGGACGAAGAAUACCUCCAGUACGAGUACUUCCAGGACCUUCGCUACUACUACGGAGUCGGCCUUGGUACCGAUGUGCCUCAGACCAUGAUGACUCCUUAUUUAAACGCAUUGAUGGACAUUUUCGUUCAGGGACCUUCGGUCACCGGCAAGCGCGGCGACGGGAGCACUUUCAAUUUACCAAAGCUUCUCGUCUCCUUCCUCAACGAUGGACAGCUCAACCAGUGUAUUCGACAAGCAGCAGCCUCUUUCAAGUACGCAUAA